AUGGCAUUAAAUCCAACGUCUACCAAUGAUCACACGGUCAACAAAGUGGCUGUGUGUUCGGCGAUUUUUGCUGGUUUCGCGUACGUUGGAUACUCGGUUGCAAAGAACGCGUUCGGGCGACGUCUGGGCCGGAAAAACGAUGACGGGUGCCAUCAUGAGGAUCAACGACUGUAUUUUCGCCGUCUGUCUCAGACAACACAGACCGACGUCUUACUAGGAAACUUGGACACUUCGGAAACCACUCGUGUAUUCCUACGACCUAUGACUGUCCAGCAGAGAAUUAAAGAGCUCAAUUUACGAGCAAGAAUGUUUGCUGACACAAUGAUGGCUAUACAGACACCUUCAAACAAACAUGGACCUAGAAGCUUACAGGCGUCACCAUGGAAUUCACCUAGAAUAAUGAGUCCUGUAGAUGCUAGACAUAUAUUAGGAAGUCGAUCCACUGAAAACCUAAGGCUGUGUGAUAAUUAUGCAUUGGAAUCAAGUUUUGGCACACCAUUAAGAAGAAAAAGUUCCAACAGGUCUUUAAGAAGAAAAUCCCCACAACCAGGUGAACACAGACUUUCUGUAAGCCAGUCUAAUCAAGAUAUGGAAGAAUUUGAAAAGAUUAACCAACCAUCUUUGUUGAAUAGACCUAUGGAACCGAAUGAAGCUAAAAAUUUAUUAUUAUUGAUGGGAUCCAGAGAUAUUCUAGUACUUGAAAAAGUACUUGUGACUGUUAGUAAUUUAGCAACAUUUACUCCGAACCAAGAAGUAAUGAGGGAAGCUGGAUACUUGAGUCAACUUCAGCAGUUAAUUUACCAUCCUGAAGAAUCUGUUCAAAUAACUGCACUUGUGGCAUUAGGAAAUUUGGCUUUAAACAAAAAUAAUUCAAAAGAAAUGAAGGAGACAAUUCCAAUGUUAUUAGCCCUAAUGAAAAUGAUGGAUUCAGAUGAAAUUAUUUACAAUUGUUUAUCCACUAUGACCAACAUUGCAGUAUUCCAUAUGUGGCAUAGUGAAUUGCAACCGGCUAUACAUACAUUAUAUGGUUUAUUAGAGAGUCAAAAUAACAAAGUUGUUCUUCAAUGCUUAAAACUAUUAAUCAACUUAUCUUGUAAUGAUGAUAUGAUUCCACAUCUUUUAGGUGGACAAGCUCCCAAAAAACUACUGUCCAUGUUGCACUUGAAUGAAAAUGAAGACAUUCUACUUAGAGUUGUAACAUUAUUUAGCAAUCUUACUGAUGCCGUAAAAGCAAUGGAAUUGGAUCCUGUAUUAGAUUUGCCUGUGGAAGACAAAGCCGCAGCUCCUGAUACUAUGUAUGCUAACAUUUAUGGAGUUAACGUGGUAGAGAAAAUACGCACAAAAAGCUUAGUACUGAUGAAACAGCAUAAAAAUGAAGAGAUUCGAGUACGUGCACAAAAAAUCUACAGCGCUCUAUCUGACUAA